AUGGGUGUCAAAGCCGGCGGCACCUCCGUCAUAAAUCGCCUCCUCUACGACAAAGGCCACCUCACCAAACCCACCCACCCUUCCCAAACCAAAUCCGCCACCGCCUCCAUCCUCACUCACCUCUCCUCCGGCCGUCUCCGCCAAGCCGUCUCCCUCCUCUUCUCCUCCCCCUUCCCCUUCCACUUCUCCCUCUACUCCCACCUCUUCCACCUCUGCUCCUCCUCCCGCUCCCUCCUCGAAGCCCGCAAGCUCGAGUCCCACCUCGUCACCUUCUCCCCCACUCCCCCCAUCUUCCUCCUCAACCGCGCCAUCGAAACCUACGCCCAAUGCGCCUCCCUCGGCGACGCCCGCGAGCUGUUCGACGAAAUGCCCCAAAGAGACGGCGGCUCCUGGAACGCCCUCAUCAAGGCCUACACGCUCAACCAACGUCCCGACGACGCUCUGAGGACUUUUCUGGAGAUGAAUAGGGUCGGGUUCCUGCCGAAUGAGGUGACUUUCCUGACGGUGGUCGGGGCCUGCGCCGCGGUGCUGGAUGCUUGCGCUGCAAGGCAGGUGCAUGCGCUUGUUGUGAGGUAUGGUUUUGGCGGGAAUGUGGUGCUGGGGAGCUCGCUGGUGGAUUUGUAUGGGAAAUGUGGGGCGAUGAGGGAUGCGAGGACAGUGUUUGAGGAGAUUGACAUGCCGAAUGAGGUGAGCUGGAAUAUCUUGGUGAGGAGGUAUCUUGAGAUGGGGGAGGGGAUGGAGGCGGUGAGGAUGUUUUUUAGGAUGCUUGUGGCAGGGGCAAGGCCGUUGAGUUUUACAUUUUCGAAUGUGCUCAAGGCGUGUUCGAGUUGUUUUGCGCUUGUGGAGGGGAAGCGCGCGCAUGGGGUUGCGGUGAAGAUGGGGUUUGAGGAGAAGGAGGUUGUUUCGAGUUCGCUUAUUGAUAUGUAUGUGAAAUGCGGGAAGCUAGGAGAUGCGCAGGCGAUUUUCGACCAGCCUCAUUUGAGGAACUUGGUUUCUUGGACUUCUAUUGUUUCUGGUUAUGCUAUGAGUGGACAGACGUGGAAGGCAAGGGCUUUGUUUGAUGAAAUGCCUGAACGGAAUGUGGUAUCGUGGAAUGCAAUGUUGGCAGGGUAUGCGCGUCACUUCCAAUGGGAUGAGGCUUUGGAUUUUAUAUUUUUGAUGCGGAAAAGUAUUAAUGAUAUAGACCAAGUCACUCUUGGGUUGAUCCUGAAUGUAUGUGCCGGCCUCUCAGAUGUUGAAAUGGGAAAGCAGGUUCAUGGAUUCAUUUAUCGGCAUGGAUAUUGUUCCAAUCUGUUUGUUGGAAAUGGUCUUCUCUACAUGUAUGGCAAGUGUGGUAACUUGAGAAAUUCCAAGACAGUCUGGUUUCACCAGAUUAGUCCAUCACGGGAUACAGUGUCUUGGAAUAGCCUGUUGACAAGCUAUGCUACACAUCAUCUGAGUGAACUGGCUAUGACAAUCUUCUAUGAGAUGCAAUGUGAGACAACACCUAACGAGAUUACUUUUGCAACUCUCCUGUCAGUAUGUGCAAAUAUUUUUGCACUUCAGCAAGGCAAACAAAUUCAUGGCUUCAUGAUUCGAAAUGGUUACAUCAUAGAUACCGUGGUUACCUCGGCUUUGGUUGACAUGUAUUCCAAGUGUCGUUCUAUUGACUAUGCUUUUACAGUUUUCAAAGGAGGGACUUCAAAAGAUGUCAUUCUUUAUAACUCCUUGAUUUUGGGAUGCUGUCACAAUAGAAGGACUAGACAAAUACUUAAAUUAUUUCAUAUGAUGAAGGAUGAAGGAAUUAAGCCAGACCAUAUCACAUUUCGAGGCAUUUUGCAUGCUUGUGCUUGUGAAGGUCUUGUUGAGUUGGGAAAUCAGUAUUUUGGAUCAAUGAGCGCUGAUUAUGGUAUUAUACCUCGAUUAGAGCACUAUGAGUGCAUGAUUGAUCUUUACAGCCAGUGUGGGUAUAUGGAUGACCUUGAAAGUUUUGUAAGGAACAUGCCAUUUGAUCCCACAGUUCCCAUGUUAACCAGAGUUGUGGAUGCUUGUGAAAGACACGGAUGCUUGAGGUUUGGAAAGUGGGCUGUUCAACGACUAAGUAACUGAUCCAUACUAGAUGGAAGUCUGUUGUAAUAGAAAGAGUCUGGUAGGUGUUUGCCAAAAUUCAGAUUCAAAAUUAACAUAACCAAGGAGGUACACUACUUGAUUGAUUGUGAAGCAGAUCUGAGUUUAUCGACAAGACAGACAUAUCAUUAGACUUGAAGCUUCUUCAUCAGGAUUGCUAGAACUUCAGGUCUGGUGGCAUUCCUCCAAGUAGUAAAAACAUGUAUUAUUGUACGAGAUAGUUCUGUUGCUAAACACAAACCAUGAAAGUCUCUACAGCACUUAAUUCAUAUAGAGUGGCAGACUCCAAGAUUAUAACUAGUCGAUCUACUAUACCAUGAUGAGCAAAAUUAUCAUGGGGCACUUACAUAAUUAUUAUUAAUAUAGAUUCCUUUUUUUUUCUUUUUUUUUUCUGAAGGUUCAUCAGCUAGCUGAAGCUCAUUUUGGGUACAGCUAAUGCAUCA